AUGAAUUUCAAUCUCUCUAAAAUUCUCUUUUUAACAAAAACAACCGGAGUUAGAAGUUUACCUCCAAUUCUUUCUAAUCAAUCAAAAUAUUUCAUUUUAUUGAUCUUAGUAAUUCCAUCAAUUCUUGCCUAUCUUACAGCAAUUGGUUUUAUAUUUCUCACUAAAACUUAUCGUACAAUGCCAAAUAAUUAUAGUAUAAUAAUAAUAUUAUUUAUCUCAUUUAUAACAACAUCAAUUGAUCUCCCGAUUCGAAUAGAUUCAUAUUCUAAUCAUCCAAUUCUUAAACGAACAAAAGAAUCUUGUUUAUUUUGGUGGUACAUUGCAACUUCUUGUUAUUUAGCUAUGUCUCUUUUAGUUGCAUGGUCUUCACUUGAACGACAUCUUUUAAUAUUUCAUUCAAAUAUAUUUAACAAAAAAUUUAAGAAAAUUUUCUUUUAUUAUAUUCCACCGAUAUUAAUUAUUCUUUAUAUUUUCACAUUUUAUUUCUUUACAAUAAUUAUUUAUCCCUGUGAAAAUAUCUUUAAUGAACAAACUAAUGUUUGUCCAUUUCCAUGUUAUUUCUUUGAUAUAACACUUGGUAUGUGGGAAUUGGGAGGUCAUUCAUUAUUUCCUACAAUAUGUAUUUUGUUGUUAAAUUGCGCACUUGUAUUUCGAGUUUAUCGAUCGAAGAGACGUUUAAAACAAUCAACAAACUGGAGAAAAUAUCGGACAAUGAUAUUUCAAUUGAUUUUAAUUGCAAUUAUUUAUCUUUGGGUUAAUAUUCCGUAUUCCAUUUGUGUUCUAUUGCUUUAUUUUACUUCGAUAUAUGGUAUAGAUUCAAUUAUGUACUUCUUCGCAACGUGCAUUUAUUUAACGCCUUUAUUAUUUCCAUUUGUUUGUUUAUAUUCAUUACCAGAAUUUCGAUCAAAGAUGAAAAAGAUUCUCAAAUGUCAAAGUAAUAUUCGAAUUGCAAAUCAAGCUUAA